AUGCACAGAAGCAAGUGUACCUUGGUGGAAUCACUUCCACAAGAAGUUGUAAACAAGGAUCUGUUACAAGCGGUAGAAAAAGUGUACAAACCCCUGCUAGUGCUGAUGAAGUGCUUCGGGUUAUAUUUUGAUGACGAACCUAUAAGUGGCCUGGCGCAGACACCUCAUUGCUCCAGAAGUAAGGGUUGUAAAUCUCGCUUUUACUGUGGCAUUGGAGUUGCUGGUUUGUGGUUUAAUGUCGCAAUGCCUUUAGUGGGUGUCUUUUACGACUCUGAUGAUCUUUUUCUUCUCUUGGUGUUUGUAUUAUGGUCUCUUUUGGCUGCCCUUAACGGGACAAUCUGUUUGAUUGUGUUGCCUUUGAGGAAAAAAAGGGAAUCUCGCUUUAAAAAUUUCCUCCUAAAGCUCGUCACUAUUCGCACUGGAAGUAUAGAUUUUAAAAUAGUGAGAUCUAAAGCAAAGAAUUUUUUGAUAAUGUUUUUGGUCUUCUUUGCAUUUUCUCUAGUCAGUGCGGUGACUCUUUAUAAAAUAGAAAAUAUGAGCUUCGCAAACUAUAAACCGUGGCAGGCAUGGUAUGGAUUUAGAGUAGUAGGGUUACUCAUUCUUAUUUUGGGCUGUGGUUUUUGGUUGCUGCCAGUUAUAUUUUUCUGUAUUUCUUGCUUGGUCAUUGAAACACUUUUCGACGACCUUUAUGCAAAAAUGCCAGCCAUGGAGAUGACAGAAUUGAAGGCAAGACAUCAAAGAUUAUGUGAAGUGGUUGAGCUUGCUGACUGUAUGUUUUCUCAUCUCCUCAUCGUUAUCGUCGGGUUGAGCAUCGCGCUUAUUUGUUUCUAUUUCUACCACAUUGUCAACUUCGUUCAGAUCGGUAGUUACAUUUCUAUCUUUGUGACUAGCUUCUGGAUUCUGUCAACGAUGGUUCUUUUAGCAGUUAUAAUGGUCUUUGGAUCAAGAGUCAACGAAAAGGUAAGCAAUCGAAUUGGCGCAUCAACAAAUAUGAUCAAAAUGGUCGGGGAUUUGUACUGAAUUAAAUAUCUGUCGCGCCCUAAGUAAAUAAUUGUGAAUUCAUUCGUCAGGGGCCAUAUAAAACUGGAUUUUUUUAACCCUUUGGAAUAAGCUUUACUCAGGCUUGCAGACAAAUGUUUCAAACUAAGCAACGAAAUGAAAUUACUCAAAGAUUGUAACCUGUCUUUUUUUUUUCUUUCUUUUUUUUUUCUUUUUGGAAACAGAUUCAUUAUGCAGGAAAAAGUUGUCAAUUGCAUUUAUAAUUUAUAAUAUUUAGAGUAAGGCAAACCUGAAAGCUGAGUUCUCAUAAGAAAAAAUAAAUUAAGUGGUACCACGAUUAAAGUAAAGGCACUGCAAUUCACUAUACACUAAAAUAACUGCUAAAGAUAGAAGACAUGCAAAAACGAUGCAAAACAAAUUUUCAAGCGAUCAACAAUUUAGACCGCUAAAAUUACACUACUGAGGUUUUACUAAAUUUUAUCUGAUAGUUGUGUAUACUUGUUACAGCUUCAUACCCAGGUUGCCCAAGGAAAUUGAAUUAAUACAUGUAAACACGCACGCACGUGCAAAUUUCGCAUUACCUUUCGGGUUUCCUAGUGAUCGAUUUGUAGAUUAUAUAUAUAAAUUUGCAAAAUACAAAGGAUUUUUAAUUACGAUUUUUUUGAAAACCUUCAUGGAGACACCUGCUUGUCGCUUAGGAAGGGUAAGAAACUAAUAAAAUAUAAAGUAAUCAUUUAGAACAUUUUUGAUUUUUUAUUACUGUAUUUUUUUUUUUUUUUUUUUACCUAGGACGUCAAAAACCUGCACCACUAUUUUUUUAAUAACUCUACCAAAACUCGGUCAUUUCUUUCUCUUUUUUUUUCUUAAAAACCAUUCCACCCGUCUUUUUUAUACAAAGAAAUUUUUCGUUUACCCUUUUCAGAGAUGAAAUAAUAUGUUUUAUAAAGGCUGGUUGUCAUUCAAGAGACUCAUUGGCUGCGUCCAGUUCACAGUUUAUCUUUGUAAGUCAAUCUUUCCGUCUCAAAGGGAUUCUACCCAAAUUGUAAAUUAGGCCAAUUUUUGUGUUCAGAAUAAUUAUGUUUCUUUUGCAAAAUAGGACGACAAACCGGGCUUGUAAACUACCAUUUAGAUUAUACAUCAUAAUAUCUGAUACUCAGUAACCUUUAGUAUCAGUUGUGCUUUUUGUUUCUUCUGGUGAAAAGACCAAGGAAGUUGAACAUUUCUCGCUAUGAAUGACCAAUUUGUUGUCUACAAAUACUGCCCUUUGCGUGUUGCGUAUUUUUAAUGCGGCUAAUUGUGCCCUAGACUUAAUAAACUACAGCAAAGUUACGAGUCUGUCUCUAAAAAAAAUCGACAAAACUUAUACCUUAUACGUUAUUUCUUUUCGGCGAGAAUGAACAAUGAACACAGGCGCAUAUCACACGCCACGCUUACCUUACUUUUUACCGGCACCCACUAAAACUGGGUAUUCCUUAAAACCUUCCUCGUUCCAUUUGCGACCAGAAAAUUAAUUUAAGCUUGUGCCUUCUGUAUAUUAAACAAGAGGCCAUUGAAAACAUCUCUCUGUCUCAAAUCUACUUUUAAUACAGUUCAUGACAUGCAACAAGAUAGAAUAAUCUCUCUUGCAUGAAAUAAUCAAGGAUGACUUUACAACAAAACUAAAACCAGACAAAAACUGCAGUUAAUAAUUACUCAGGCUCAUUUUGGAUGCAGCCUAUUAAAGCGAGUGAGCAUGUUUAACUUUCGUUUUCAUUGGAUCCAUUCCUCAACCCAAAAACCAAAGAAACAAACCAGCUUUGAAUGAUAAUAAUAAUAAUAAUAAUAAUAAUCUUGAAAGCAGCUGUAUUUCAUUUUGUCGUGCGGCAUAGACUAAAAAUUUGAAAUGUUAAAAUAUUUUUCCUAUAGUGCGCCGUAAGAGCCGGCAUGAACUAUUAAACGCAGACAUCGCGGAUACGACACUUUCCUCGACGAAAAACCAAAUAAACAAUUAAGUUUGACAAACAGAAAAAAAGAAACUUGGCAGCAGUUGUAUGUCAUUUUGUGGCGCCAGUAAAAGAACACGAUAAUUUUAAAACUUAACUGAAAAGAAAAAUAGGCUUCAGUUGUCCGCAAGUCUGUCGGCAAACAACAGACUUGUCGCGGGGGAGAGGGGUGGGGGGGAGGAACUAGUUAUUUCCGGACUGUGACCAAAAGCGUGACGGGGCAAAAAGCAAAGCAAACAAGUUUUUGAACUCUACAAUAAAAAUGCGUCGCAGAUUUCCCGCCAAGAAAAUGUGGCAUACUCCCCUCCCAGACGAGCUAACUUCCGACUGAGUGUACGGACCGGCGUACGCUGACGUCAAAACCAGAAUUUCUCGGAUAAACAGAUUACCAAUUUUUUUUUACGCAAUGGGGCUCCGCUUCGCGCGCGCGUAAAGCUCUGCUAUUGAUUAACUAUUAACUUUUUCACUUCUCUGGCCUUUGCAAUUAAAAUCUUACCCAUUGACCCCCGCCCCCCCACCCCCCCUAAAAAAAAACAAACAAACAAACGAACGAACAAACAGAAAGAAAGAGCAACAAAAUGGCAACAAAAAAUAAUAAUAAUAAAACCUUUACCCAGACGCUUAAUUUUCGAUCUGUUGUCAUAAAGCCUCUAGUCCUCCGCUCGUUGGCUAUUUUAAAAUCACGCUAACUGGCUAAUGAUCCCAGGAAUCUUAGUUUUAACCACAAAACGAAAAGACCAUCAAUUUCAAAUUGUAAAGUAAAUGAGGCACUAUUUAUAAGAUUUCUUUGAUUGCUUCCAAUUAUCCAGGUGCAAGGUGUUGAACAGAUUUUGAAGAAAUACCCUGUUUCAACGGAAGAGCCAGGAAAGGUAACGUUCUGUCCCGCGUAAUCAUCCAAGAAUGCUAAAAGAAUUAGUGUUUAAUACAGAAGUAAAACACCAGUAUAUAAAAGAAAAGGAAACAAGGACAAACAAAACCAAAAUACAUAAUACAAGCGAAGACUUGGAAAAAUGUCAUAUGUAGAUAAUACCACAAAUAAACUUUAGGGAGUAUGUAAAUACGAUGUAAAGAAUUAUACAGAUCUCUGAAGCUGUUGGCUUCCGGUCGAUACGUUUUGUGUGUUUGUAUUUUAUUAUUUACCACACAUAACACGAUUACAAUUACAAAAAGAUGCAAAAAAUGUAGGAACAAAUGGCAAGGAUACCUAGCGGAAACUUUUCAAUUACACUUUUUCAAAGAUGGCAUAAAAAUUACGGCGAAGUUUACAAAUGUUACAAAUUAAAGAGCUUUUCCCAAGAUUCUAUCAUCAUUUCAUUUCAUUUCAUUUCAUCCGUUCAGUUUAUAUCAGAAAUUCAGCCUUUGGAGGGGUGGGGCUGUGGCGGUGGGGGGGCGGUGUAUUCACUGGCGAAUAAAGUGCUUGGCUACUGCGUUGGAAAACGACGCUGCUGGGGCAAUAAUAAUAUAUUUUAUUAUAUUAGGUUUUUAAUAACUAAUUUGAGAAAUAGAUAAUGCUAAAGAAAAAAACAUGAAAUUAAAAUGAUUAAAAGGCAGAUAUUAGGUUCAGUUGUCAACAAUGUUGAUUUCUCUUAAAAUUUUACAACUGUUGGAAUCUAUUUAUUUAUUUAUUUAUCACUUAGUUUUGUUUCAAUCUUUAGCAUCCUUUUAUUCACAGAUCAUAAACUACCUCAAUUUAUACGGGUUUUAAGUUAAAUAGAAUACAUUUAAUUUAUUAAAAAAGGCAGAUCAAAAUGGCGGAUGGUCCCUUUUCCUUCUUCUCUGUUUCUGGAAUUAAUUCAGUUAAAAAGCAAAUUGGACAAAGAUCUGGAAUUUCCUCAUUUAAACUAAACUUGCUUCAUCGACUACUUUUAAUUUGUUUUCUUUUUAGAUAAUGUUUAUGCUGUUACUAUUGAAUCUUCAAGGACAACAAAAAGGACUUUCACUCGGCGGAGUCACUGUUAUCAAUAAAUCCCUUUCAUUAACGGUAAAUAUUGCCUUUCUAUUCAUAUAAUUAUGAUAAUAUUUUGAAAACGAUAUCGAGGUUUGAUACUUUAACCAGCUCGGUGUAGGCGCCGUUACACACAACAUAGUAAAUAACAAUUUCCAUCAUAUAUAAAGCCACGCUAAAUUUAACUCAGACCCCCUUUACACGGGUCAAGACACACUAUAUAGAGCUUCCAUUUUAAACCUUAAAAUAAUUUGAUCAAAAAGGGUUAGCUUUUUCAGGUCUUUAUUCGGUGCCACAUAUUAUUUAUACGACGAAGUCACGGUUCGAGGUUGUCCGCUAUAGUGAGAAGUGAUUCCAUUUGCUUUUCUUGAAAUGGAUGGAUGAAAAUUGAUCACUCUUUUUGAUAUAAAAAUCAUGUCUAGUGACACAAAUCAUCAGAUCGUUUUUUUUAAAUUUCCGUGUAGAAUGAAAUCUUUAAUUGAUCGAAGUUAGACGUAGAGCUCACAAUAAACCCAUUAAUACUCUUUCAGAAGUAGUAUAGGAGGAAUGUUUUACUCCGGAUUUUUGCGCAGGAAUUUCAUUAACUUGCGCAGGAAUAAAUUAACGCCCAUGAUGUCAUGACCUUUUGUCUUUAUCUCAUGAGUAAAAUGCGCAUGAAUCUUAUUAAGAUAAGGUCGUGUGCUGUUUUUAGUUGGUUUAGGUUUUCUAGUUACUUUAAGGUCGAUAAACGUCUUCGUUUUCGAUUGGUUAGUUAAAAAAUAAGAAACGUUUUCAUUGGUUAAUCCAUAGUGUCUGAGGAGUGAAGUCAAACUUGUCUGUGACUUAAAAUCACUGAGACGUAACGUAAUUCUGCAAGUCCUAUUUUCUGCUGCUGGGAUUGUGCUAGUUCCGGUUCACUGACUUUUGGCGGGCAAAUCGUGCAUAUUAAUGAGGACAAAGACAAACUAGUUUUUUUUUUUAGCACGAAAUACAAUGUUUUACUUACCCCACACCCCUCUUAUUCUUCCUUUUUGAUUUUACUCUUUAUUUUUAAUUUUCAUCCACGACCACAUCUACCGUACAUCGACCCCACAUCGACCCUACAUGGACCCCACACUGACCCUACCCCCACCUUUUUUUUCCACCACUACAUUUCUAUUGUUUUCCACCACCACCACCACCACCACCACAUUUCUAUUGUUUUCCCUCCACCACCACCACCGCCGCCACCACAUUUCUAUUGUUUUCCCUCCACCACCACCACCACCACUACCACAUUUCUAUUGUUUUCUCUCCACCACCACCACCACCACUACCAGCACAUUUCUAUUGUUUUCCCUCCACCACCGCCACCACAUUUUUAUUGUUUCCCUUCUUGAGUUUGGCCUUUUAGGCCUGAUUUUGGCCUCUUUGGCCUUUUGAGGGAAACAAUAGAAAUGUGGUGGUGGUGGUGGAGGGAAGACAAUAGAAAUGUGGUGGUGGUGGUGGUGGUGGUGGAGGGAAAACAAUAAAAAUGUGGUGGUGGUGGUGGUGGUGGAGAGAAACAAUAGAAAUGUGGUGGUGGUGCUGGUGGUGGUGGUGGAGGGAAAACAAUAGAAAUGUGGUGGUGGUGGAAAACAAUCGAAACGUAGUGGUGAAAAAAAAAGGUCGGGGUAGGGUCAGUGUGGGAUCAAUGUAGGGUCGAUGUGGGGUCGAUGUACGGUAGAUGUGGUCGUGGAUGAAAAUUAAAAAUAAAGAGUAAAUUCAAAAGGGGAAAAUAAAUCAAUUGCUGAAGAAUAAGAGGGGUGUGGGGUAAGUAAAACAUUGUAUUUCGUGCUAAAAAAGAGCUAGUUUGUCUUUGCCCUCAUUAAUAUGCACUAUUUGCCCGCCAAAAGUCAGUGAACCGGAACUAGCACAAUCCCAGCAGCAGGAAAUAGGACUUGCAGAAUUACGUUACGUCUCAGUGAUUUUAAGUCACAGACAAGUUUGACUUCACUCCUCAGACACUAUGAAUUAACCAAUGAAAACGUUUCUUAUUUUGUAACUAACCAAUCGAAAACGAAGACGUUUAUCGACCUUAAAGUAACUAGAAAACCUAGACCAACUAAAAACAGCACACGACCUUAUCUUAAUAAGAUUCAUGCACAUUUUACUCAUGAGAUAAAGACAAAAGGUUAUGACGUCAUGGGCGUUAAUUUAUUCCUGCGCAAGUUAAUGAAAUUCCUGCGCAAAAAUCCGAAGUAAAACAUCCCUCCUAUACUACUUUCAGGCUUGGUUCAUGCCGGGGGACGUUUAAGAAAUUUAUGAACUAUCGAUCACGCGGCAACCGACUGAACCGUAUGACCGUACGAUUCUCUCCCUGCUCGUAAAGUGUCUUUUCAUCGGUCGGGGAAAACAUUAACACAACAUUGCUCAUCAUUAUUUCAAUUGUCUUAAGUUAGGGUAGCAAACCAUUUGGCUUUGAGGGUUAGAAGAGCUGCUAGAUGACAUCUCUCCUCGGAAUGAAGACAAACAAUAUGGCCGCCAAAUACAUCCUUUUAGUUUUUAAAAUUCCCCUUUAUAGACCUUUCCCGCAUUCCUCUCCAGUGAGCAAGCAUGAACAAAUGAGGUCGAGGCUUGGGUGGACAAUUUCAUACAAAUCACUGUAUUUUGUCCACCCGAGUCUCGCGCUGGUGCCUUUGUUUACAGGAAUGCGGGAAAGGUCUAUUAAUAAUCGUUGAACAUUUUGACAAACAAACAGUUAAGUUGAAAAAGGAUUUAACAAAAGACUCAAGAGUAGGUCUCCUUUUUUACUUUAUCUUGCAAUAUCGGUGAAUUUACGCAGCUUUUAAACUUCUGGCUCAGUUUUCGUUUGGUUCUGCUUUGAAAAUGAAACAAAAAUUACCCAGAGACAAUACAGUGUAAAGAAUUGUUCAGAAAAACAGCAAAAACUUGCCAAUUUAUGACAAAAAAAGUACUUUAAAAACGAACUAAAACAUUCAAAAUGCUUUGAUCACGUGACUGAUGACGCCAUGUCCCUUUUUUGGUAAUGAAAAAAAAUUAUCAUGUAGAACAUUACUUUCCUGUAAAUUUUCUCUGCCGUGUAAUAAAAGGUUGACUCUCGGCCCUGGGCCUAGUCUUCCGAUUUUUUCGCUCAUGUUCAUUACCCCCUUAAAUUUUUAAUAGCGGACGUCAAAUGGUUAUUUUUAAAUGCCCCACACAACUAAAGCCUGAAAUAUGCUAUUUGUUUUCAAGUCGUUAAUGACAUCUUGUCACAGCAACAAAAAAACCUAAUUCGAAAAUAUUCACGACACUGAUGGCGUUAUUACCUUAGGAGAUAUUUUAUGGCAAACGUUAUCUUGUUAUGGUGUGACAGUCUUCUACGUAUAAAAUUGUCAAAGUUAAAAAGCUUUUUAAAAAAUUGCCUCUAAGGAUUCUGAGAGAUUUUUUAUGAUAGUUAUUAUUAUUUCAUCUGUUUUUUUUUUUUUUUUUCAGGUCGCUGGACUCAUUGUUUCCUACCUAGCAGUGAUCAUGUCAAUGCCAAAAUAAAACUCACAAUCAUGAAAUCACUGGAACAGUAACAACCCAACAGGAGUCAAGCACAAUACUAGACAUUCUUGAUAAUAAAUACUAAAAGGAAAAAAAAGCCAGAAACAAAAAAAAAGGAAAAGUCAAAUAGAUUGAAAUUACCUGGCAAAUAACAUAAAAAUAUAUAUACGCCUUCCUUUUCUUUUCUGUCCCCUUUUUUUGUUAUUAUUAUUAUUCUUUUAUUUUAUUCUCUAUUAUAUUAUUUUAUUUCACUUUAUUUUAUCUAUGACAAUUUUAUUGCAGUAAAAUGCAUGUAUCUAUCAAUUAAAAUAAGAUACCAAAAAAGAAAAUCACACACACACACGUACUCGUGAAAUCGGAGGAUAUUCUUGUGAAAUUUUAUGCUUUGACAUGAUGUGUAAGGAGUUGAAGACUUAAGUGAUAAAUUUUCUAUAGCACGUGCUUUGCAUUGUAAAAUAGUAGGCAUUGUAGUUUACUGCAGGAAUAGAAAAUGCGAUACAUUUAAGUCGCAAAAAGCGUAUUAUCAUUAUUCCUUCCAAAAUAUUAAACCACUGCAUCGUGCUGCCGACAGCCCAAUGUACCCCCAAGCAAAUCACGAACGAGCAUUUUCGUGCUUUCUAUUUCCAAACUCAGUUCUCUAUUAGGAAGCCGCAACAUAAAAAGUUAGAAACAGUAUUCCUAUGCCCAAAUAAAGCCGAAAAGAAUCAAAUUGAAUUAACCUUUUUAAUGGAAGACUAAAACAAUAACUCAAUGUAGUAUGUAGUUUUCAAUUGCUCUUCUGAUUUUGUAUAAUGGUCCCUCAGGGGAGCGGGGGGGGGGGGAGGGGGGUGGAGAAAGGGGUCAUUGGUGGCAAUUCACUGAUUAUAGGUAAUUAACACCAGCCAAUGACGCCUUUAGAACUUUAAAGAAAGAGAAAAUGACAGUACAAAAAAGAAUCACUAUAAAUCUUGGAGGAUAAAUUGUAACUUGACACUGGGAAAGACACAAGAUACCUUAGUCUACAUAAUACGUGAUUUAAUGUAGCAAACGGAAUAAGAUUUGGCAAGGAUUUUGUUCCGAAUAACAAGAUACACUCUAGAGCUACAUACUUGACAUAACCAGAUUAACCUUCACAUUAAACACAAGUUAGAUUGGGAGUUUUUUCUCCAUCAAAGGAACAUUGUCUUCAAAAUCACGGCAAUUACCUACCUAAGCCAGAACUACAGAAAAGAGUCUGUACCUUGGAGGAGUCUAAUCAAUUACAAGAAAAAAAAAACUGUAAACGAGGACAUACAACAAGCGGUUGACAAAGUAUAGAAGCCGCUUCUGAUGCUGAUGAAGUGUUUUGGGUUAUAUUUUGAGGAGGUACCUAUCAGUAGGGUGACACAAACAUCCUCUUUCUCCAAAAACAAAAACUAUAUCAGAUUCUAUUAGUUUUACUGUGGAAUUUGUCUAUGUAUCACUCUUCUUUGUUAAAGUUUCUAACACGUUGUAAAUUUCGCUCAGGAAGGAAGAUACGUAACUCUUUUAUAACCAAGUUCUGGAUUUUUCUAACAGCGGCUCUUUUAGCAGUACAGGGUGUCCCAAAAGUUCGUUCCUCUACUUUAUAAGACUGUAAUGUAGUCCGAUUGGACUUGGUAAGCAAAUUGCUUAAACAAAAGUUGUGUUUCAUUAUGUAUUUUAAUAUUUUAUACUUGGUGUGCUAUCUUGUGACUCUAAUAUUCGAUCUGUGUACUUCGCGCCAAAGGUGCGCGUGCGCGAGUACAUUUUGCCGCCAGAUAUUUUUCGUGUUCUGUAGCCCAAUUUGCUCAAACUCUUUCCAUGUGUUUUGUGAAUAUCAUGAAAGAAAAAACUCUCUAAACGCAAAAACGUUACGCUACAUGAGAGCAUAAGCAUGUUUACUUCGAUUUACCGGCUUAUCAGUAGAAAUAACUGCUAAAAACUGGAAAAAUCCGAAUGUCGGGUUGGUAAAAUGGUCAUCGAGGAAUGAAGGUUUUGAAGACAAAAAAAGAAGAGAAAGAUUGAUAGUUCUGAAUAAAACGGCUAAAAUAGUUUUGAAGAAGGUUAGAUAUAAAAGAGACUACUCAGGGAGAUAGCUCUCACGAUAGUUUGCAGUUUCAUGAAAAGCGAAGGUUAGAGGCCCCAGAGAUAACAAGAAAACCUCUGCUUAGUCUGCUAAACCCCAUCAGCUCGUCUCAAAUUUGUAAAGAUAAACAAAAGCGUUACUCUGGAUAGGGGCUGGGAUAAUUACCUUUUUUGGAUGAAUGCUUAAGGUAUAUUUUUUUCAGCUGCCUUAACUAAAAAAAUGUUGUUUGGGGGGUCGAAGUGGAGAAGUAGCCCCCGCGUACCAGGUUAUAAAAAGCCUCAAAAUAGAUUAUAAGUGGCUCUACAUGCUAUAUCCCUGUCCAUGCCGCAACGGCUACAGAAUGUGAUAAAAAAACAAAGGCGGAAUGCUGGUUAUUGAAAUUCUGAAUACAUGUCCUCGAUAAAGCAAUAAACAUCUGUUAGAAAUUUCAUGCAAGAAUAAAGCUUUGAUCAAAAGUUGUAGCACAUGAAAUUAGAGGAACGAACUCUUAGGACACCCUGUAAUAUCUGUGUUCGGAUCAAGAGUCAACGAAAGUGUAUGUGAUCGAAUUAAUUACUGAAAACCAGUAACAACAACUGCGAUGAUUAAAAUAUUAAGAAAGAAGUGGCUAAGGCUUGAGCACAAUUGUAAAUGGUCUCAGAAAACCCUCAAAAAAUGGGUAAAAUCAUGAUUGUUGGGUAAAACACAGGUAUUGCAAAUUAAUAUGGUAAGUAAUUGAACACUUUUGGACAAAUUAAUACUUGUCAUGAAUAGUUUCAAAACCAUCUAAAGCUAUGGCCGCUAAUCUUAGCGAUUUUUCCUAAAAUGCAUCUGGAACAUCUCGAAAUAUUUGUUACUUGCACGUCGACAUUUACCUUAAAAUUACCUCAGUAAUCGCCAAUCAAAUAUUACGCAAAGAUUCCCUUGAUUUAUAAGGUUUUAUGUAAACUAAGUGCAUUUAAUUAAGUAGAAAUGGCAGAACCAAGGUGGUGUACUGUUCGAUCUAGGCCGCUCUUUUGUUAUGUUGAUGUCAUUGCUAUUGUAAAACUUUCUAAAUGUGUUGAUAAACUCCAUAAUUUAUCAUUGGACAAGUUACUAUUGAUUGUAAGUGUGCUACCAAAUGUGCAGACAAUAUCGUAGUCAUCAUUUCUAACAAAAUUGUGCAAUCACAACGUAAUGACGUGAUGCUACUAUGACGACAUUUCAGUUCAUUUAUUAAUCGAACCAAAUGGUCCUUAUAGUAAAAGAAGGAACUCGAACCAUAAAUUUCCUUAACAGAAGAAUGUGAAAUGAACUCUAACUUUUAUUUGGUCACUUGAAAUUCGAAUGUGGCUUAAGUUAGUGGCGGAGCACCGCCCGCGCAAGCGGAACCCCGUAGCCACAAAAUGUCAAAAAAAAAAAUGGUUGUCUAUAAGUCCCGGAAAAUUUGGUAGUCACGUGACCGUAUGCCCCGGCGUCCGCCCGUACACUCUUUGGGGGUGGUACUACGUAAACUCCUCAAGGGUGACGGGAAUCCAAGACAUGCAGCUUCCGUUUGUCUUAGCGAAAGAUUAUCAAGGUGGUGGAAAUUCACCUAGAGGCAGCCAAUGGAGUUUUUCUAGCGCAGAUCUUGAAUUUCGUUUGUUCAACUUAAAACAAAAAACUUUGAAAGAUAUGUUGUUAGGAUGUGCUUUAACCUUGCUCACGUUUUUGGUCACCGUUAUGCUUGCUGCUGCGAAAAUUAAAAUAUUAUUAAAUAUUAAAAUAUCGUAUUUUUCAAUUCUAAGGUAAAGUUAAAUUAAUUAUAGGGUAUAUCUUUAUUUCUAUGACAACUAUGCUGUGUUGAUAAAGAGAAAAACAAAAAUAUAUAAAUAAACAGAGAAAGCCAGAGCGAUUUCAAUUAAAAUUUACUUUUAAUACCUCUAUUCACAGCAAGCAUAAGGAAAUGAAGACUUCAAUGUAAUGAAUUCCUUUUGUGAACCCUAGGGGAGAUUUAAAUUAUUGAGCUGUUAAAAAACUUUUAACAUUUAGAAAAUAUAAUUUUUUUUCGUUAAAUUGGUCAUCACCAAGUCUUAGGCUGAAAUCGAAGUAGCUUUUAUAAAUACAAAAGGAAAUCUGCCGAUCUUCUUCAAGCUGGAGUCGUUGAAAUGACCGAUAGGUGAAUAAUAACGUAAAGAACCUUCAAUGAAUUAAAAACAGGGACAAAAUUAAUUAAAAAUUAAAAUCUUUUGGUUUCCGUCCUGCAAAGCAUAAAGAAAACACGAUUCAAUUAUUUUCCUCGGAUCUGUUGAGGCUUUUCUCAAGCGAAAUCAUGUCAUUUCCAGUAGAACCUGAACGACAUCAGCAAUCCAAUCCCAGAAAUUUUCUCGCGCCAAAUCCAGGGCCUAACCCCGAUAUAAGCCCUGCAAUAUUGUUUGAGUCAUUUCAAAAUGAAGAAGUUAACCAGGAACUGCUACAAGCGGUAGAAGCAACAUACAGACCGCUCCUAAAGUUGAUGAAGGUCUUUGGGUUAUAUUUUGAGGAUGUGUCUUUAAGACGUGUAGGACAAAACUCUUCCCCCCAAUCUACAAGUUUCAAACACAAGGGUUACAUCUCAAGAAUUUACUGUGGCUUUGUGAUUACUGGUUUGUGGUUUCAUGUUGUUGUUCCUUUGGUGAGUGUCUUUCUUGAACCUAGACCCUAUCUCUUCCUGUUGUUCGUAAUAUGGCAUCUUUUAGCUGCCCUCGUAGCUACGAUCUGCUUGAUUGUACUUCCUUUAAGGCGAACGAGCAACUCUCGUUUUCAAAUCUUUCUCUCUAAAGUCAUUAAAAUCAAGACAAACACUGUAAACCUUAAAAAGGCAAAAGCCAAAGGACGGAAUCACUUGAUUCUAUUUUCUUGCUUUUUUGUAUGUUCUAUUGCUGGUACGAUAGUAAUGGAUAAAGUUGUGAAUAUUAACAUUGCAAACCAUAAACCAUGGUAUGCAUGGUAUGGGUUUAGGAUAACGGCGGUGGCCUCUAUCAUCAUUGGCUGUGGUAUUUGGGUGCUACCACUUAUUUUUUUCUGCCUCUCAUGCUUAAUCAUGGAAGCUCUUUUCGAUGACCUCUACACACAAAUGCCAGUUAUGGAAUUUACAGAGCUGAAGAAAAGGCUUAAGAAGCUUUGCGAAGUGGUUGAGCUGGCUGACCGCAUGUUUUCGCCCAUUUUUUUCGUCACCGUUGGUCUGUAUAUCACAAUCAUGUGUUUCAAUUUCUACCACAUUGUCAAUUUACCUCAGGAAAAUCGCUUUACGUUUCUUUCUGUUACCUUGUUCUGGGUCUUGGUUACAGCUGCACUUUUGGCAAUAAUUAUGGUGUUCGGAUCAACAAUCAACGAAAAGGUACGCAAACAACUGAUGAUGGCUUAUACAUAUACGAGUGAUGUAGUUUCUUUCAUUAAAAGAAUAAUAAAUUGAGUUUGUUCACUCCAUUGAGGUUCAACGGCCUCUAAGUGCAUGUUAAAUUUAAAGACAUAAUGGAGAUAAUGUAACAGUAAGUGAUAUUUCUAGGCUACGGUAACUGAAUAUGUAAUUGCUUUCUUCAACCUGAACGGGACUGGGUUCUUACAGGGUGCCUCAAGCUUAUCACAUAGGCAAAACAUGUAGCGACGCUCAGUUUCAGAGGAGAAAUGUUAACCUAAUGUUUUCACUACCCCGCAUGAUAAUGAAUAAAAUUAAUAUUAUUAGUAAUAGUUUUAAUAAUUCAAGAUCACAAGCAAGCUGAAAUUUUCCAGUUUUCGAAGGAAUGAAUGUCGAUCGAUGUAAGAUCCCAAAGUCCCCUCGCCAGGGACUUGCAACCCGUUAGGGUUGACACAAAUAUGUCAGUUUUGAUAGACGUACGUAUUACAUGUGAAAAGUUCUUAUUUCCUCUAGUUUGUUUUAACAACAUAAUGUCGGAGAGAUUCAUUUAUAUUUUGCGUGGUUUUGUAAUAAAACAAUUAUUACAAUCGCCCUUGUUUAAUACGAGUUUAUUAUCAACCAUCUCGGUGCAUCUAUCAUCUAGUAUCGAAUGUGCGCUCGAGGAAUAACUGUUAAUUAUUCAUGACUGACUUUGGGCGGACAGCGGCACAACAGAUGAACUGAUUUGCCCUUCUUUUUAUGGUUUUCGUAUUACCAACGUAGCUAUGUAAGUUAAACUCGAAAUUUAAUUCAGGAAAAUAAAUUCAACUAAAGGUCGGAGUGGGUCUGAAACUUGGAAAUGAUGGAUUGUGUUUCCAUGACUUGACUUACCAGUUACGCUUUUUCUGUUAUACUUAACGUACUGAUAUUUUUUACACAGGUAGAAGGUAUUCAACAGGUUCUGCAAACAUUACCUGUUGCAAGCGAGGAGCCAGGGAAGGUAAAGAUAUAUAAUUGCUUGAGCCUUCAGUACCCCAUAACCACACACACAAAAGGUGCUAAACUACACUCUUGCUUAUAUAUAUAAAUGUAUUUUAAAAUACUUAAUGACUGGUGCCGAGGGAAAGAGUUAAUUUUGCUUCCCGAUAAUCCCACAAUCUCGAGAAACAUUGAGAUUCGAGUUUAGCUGUCGUCGGUCAACAUUCGCGGGAAACAGUGCACUGUUACCCUCUGACGUCAUAGAUUUUUCACUGUUGCCCGCGCAGUGAUUUUGGCGCGAAAACGUUUCAAUGGGAGCGCGUGCUGUUGAGAAAAGAAUUCCAGCAAAAUAACAAAAGAAUAGAUGGUUUUCACAGUGAAGUCAUCAAAUUGUAAAGUCAAAAUAGCGAGGUUUUACGAAUUCUUAUUUACACUAGGCUGAAGAUAAACAAAAAGUUAAUCUUUGUACAAGUUUUCAGUCCCAUAGCAUGUUUCAUUUCGAAAAUACAGCAAUUUGAUUUUUCACAGUGCGUGACACCAAAAUAGGAAUGCUGUCUCGUUGAAAAAAAGUCUCUCCUCUUGAUUUUCAGCAGUAUAACCAUUUCAAGUAUUAGAAGAUAUGUUUAUGCGCACGUAGGCUAGUUCUCUAGUGAAAAGAAGGAGCUUUUAUACAACAAGUGAACUCCAGAUGUUUUUGUUGAUUUUCGGCGGCCAUAUUGGUGCACCAAAACUGUGCACCAAUAUGGCGUCUCCAUACAAAGCUCUACAAAGAUGCGUGAAACGUUUCGGCAAAUAACUCAGAAACUGUGGGCCAAAAAGACCUGAGACUCGGAUAAAUUGUUUAAGUAUUAGUCUUUUAUAACAUAUCAUUUUUUUGGCUUCUUUCACUGGACCGUUUUCAAUCUAUUUUUUUGUUGCGUGACAGUGAAAACGAUCUAUAUAUUUUAUAAGAAUAUCGAGGCUGAUAUUUGCAAAAUUUUAAAACUCAAGGCUGAGAUUUUGAAAAGGAUAUAAAUAUUUUGUCUGUUGAAAAUCUGUUAACACAAUACAAUAAUAUUAUUCAUUUUUCUAAACUUCAAUACUAGUCACCAAAACGAAAAAAUCUGCUUUGAUUGCAAUUAAUAGCGGGGCUCCCGCGCGCGCGAAGCGCGCGUGGGACAGAGCCCCAUACCCAUGGAAUAUGGUCAACCUCUUUUCGUUUGGUUGUCACGUGAUUGACCGAGCGUACGUACGUACGUACGUACGUACGUACGUACGCGUCUACAGAUUGUAUGGGUGGGGUAGGGGAGACUAUCAAAAGGAAGGGAGGGGUGUCUCAGGCGUGUCUUGGCAAGCCCACAUCUUUAAUAUAGGACAUUAACAAUAUGGUCAAUUGACAGCUGUCCAAACAGGAUAGCCACUGACCAGUAUCCCAUGUCCAUAUCGCGGGCUCAUGUGUCAACUCAUCGAGGUGACGUGAUUUAUUUGGAAGCUGUGCGCUGACCAGUUAACUGUUUUACUAGAUCGCGAACAACGUUCAAUCUCAUACUUUUACUAGUUUGGGAGCACAGGAAAACUGAUAAUGCACACAUAUUGGACAUCAAUGUUUUGAUCAAUUGACAGCUGUCAAAACAGAGUACCCGCUGACCAGUAUCACUUGACCGUAUCGCGGGCUCAGGUGUCGACCCCUCGAGGUCAAGUAUUUUUUGAAGUUAUCCGCUGACAAGUAAACUAGUUUUCAAGUGAUCGCAGGCUCAAGUUCAAUUUUUUUUCUUAAUUCAUAUGAAAUAUGUUGUGUUUAUGUGCUGCACAAUUAAAAUUUUGAUUGCAAACUGACCUCGGACGUGAAAAUUCAGCCAGCUGUUACAGGCAGGGAAGACAGUUGCUUUUGUUUUUUCUCACAAUGGUCACGCGUUGGUCACGCUCUACGUCCAAUUUUUAUGCUCUGAUUGGUCAAAAUUUGACAUGUGAGUUCAUGCGCAAAAUUUAUGCAGCGUCUUGAAUCUUGUUUACUUUAACAGCUGAAGCUGACAGAGUUUUGUGUCAACUUGUGAUGUUUUUAACUGUCUUUUUCCACUGGAUGUACAAAAUGAAAUUCAGCUGCUAUCAGGAGUCUUCUGUUACUCAUGGCUAGUUUAUUUAUUGGGUUUUUGGCUGAGAAAACGUCGCUUGUCAAAGUCGGAAAUCCGAUUUCGGAUGGCAUCGUUUUCGUUUUCACCUUGCUUGAUGCGUAAGAGGAUUGCAAAGUCUGAAGCGAUACUGGCUUUACCUGAUAACUUUCAGGAGCUGCAUCUCGAAUGGUAAGCCAGAGAAAUUAUUGUAUUUCAUGUUUGUUUUUUGUAUCUAAUUUAAUGAAGUGGAGCGUAGUUUAUGCGGGAAUUUAGUUUAUGCGCGUUUGUAAGUUUUGAGACAACGAUCUCACCGAGUAUCUGGUUUGAUAUAAUCUUACAGAACUUUAAAAAGCCUUUAGACAGUUUCUCACCGCAAAUAGAAAGAAAAUGUUCCAAAGAAUCUUUAGUUAUAAUUCUAGCCGGAAAAGAAAGCUUUGAGCGAUUUUCUUGCCUCGAGUUCGUCUUUGAAAAAACAAACACCGGGAAGCUGGCUUAAAACAUAAACUUCAGCAAACUUAAGCUUGAAGCUUGAAGACUCAGGAUAUUUAGGGACACUUUAAUACUUGUCUUCCUGAAUGGAAAUUGUUGUCUCUAAUUAUGUUUCACCGAAUUAUAUUUCUUUUAUUGAUUGUUGGUAGUCUCUCUUGCAAUUUUAAUCGCUAUGCCGAUUGUUUUCAGUCGUUCAGUGAACAUCGCUUGCAGGAGUUCUCAAAAUGCCGCGCGUUAAACCAUCAAAUAAAAAAUAAACAUGAUAAAUUCUUUAUUAUCUUGGAGCGUAACUCUGUUAAUGUUCAUUCAAACACUCGCUACAGCUCGCACUACAAAAGUGAGAACCGGAUGGCCGUAUUGGUGAUUUUGGAAAAUUUUUUUAACAGUUUAUGAAUAUUGAAUGAGAGCAAUUUGUAUUGUGAAAUACUGCUUUCUGUCCAUGGUAUAAAAGGUUGGUUUACACGCACCCAGAUUUGUUGGCAAGAUUUUGCAAAGUAAACUUGUCGAACGCCAAAACGUUGGCCUGAUUUUUUUUCUAAGCCUAAUUGAUCUACGGUGAUCAAUAGCCAUUACGGCUCUUAAAUGUGAUAAAAGAUGAUUACCAGUUUUUGAGUGUACAUAUGAGGCUAUCAACUCGAUGUAAGAUUUGGUUCACUCUUGGGCUGUUUGCAAAUUAUUUUUCUCUAAAAUCAGGUAGCCUUUCCCUCAAAAGUCACAUAAAUGUGCUCUAAAGUUAACUGAAUUGUGGAAUUCGAAUACAAGUUUAUUGUUUAAUUUAAAUUAUAAAUUUACUAAUGGGAGCCUCGCUUUUAGCCCUGGCUAAAUCUAUAUAUUAUCUUAAUAUAUUUUAGAACGGAAAGAAUAAUGCAAGAAUAUUUUCAGCCUAAAAUCAGUAGAAAAACAAGAAUAUUCAGACUGGGCCGGAAAAACAACAUUCUUAAAAAAAGACAGAGUGUAACAUCGUCACAUUUCAAAGUCAACUCAAAACUAAAAUUAAUUGUAUAUCAAAGACAGAAAAACAGGUGAAGAAAGGAAAUAAGACUUCCCUAUUUAUCUUAAGAGGUUGCCAGUUGAAAAACGGUCUUUUUUGGCAUUGGGAAGCUAGUCUUUUAUGUUAAACAACAAAUUGUAUUUUAUCAUCAUCACCACCGCUAUCGCCAUCGCCAUCGCCAUCAUCACCAUCAUUAUUUAUAGAAGGUUUUAUUCAUCACUUAGCUGCCAUUUUUCCCCUGACCUCUUGUUUUCGUUUGUCUUUAUGUUCAGAUCGAAUGUAAUUGUCAUUUUUUUCUUCUUUCAGAUACUUAUGUUAAUUCUGUUGAUUAUGAAUCUCCAAGGGCAACCCAGGGGACUUUCAAUCGGUGGCCUCACAAUUAUUAACAAAUCUCUUUCGUUAACGGUAAAUAUGAUAUGA